AUGAAGAAGUAUCCCAUCCCGUACGAUUCGCUCAAGGUCGGCCAGGAGUUCAAGGGGAUCGUGCGCUCCAUGUCGCAAUUCGGCGCCUUCGUGGACAUCGGGGCCAAGAACCCCGGGCUGCUGCACCGCUCCAGCGUCACCGCGAACGAAAUCAAUAACACCCGCUGGCUCCUCAAGGCUAACCAGGAGGUCAAGGUCUGGAUCAGUGGCUUGACGGGCGACGGGCAGUUCAGCCUGACCAUGAUCGAGGGCCAGAAGGACAUCCGGGUCAGGACGCUCAAGUACGGCCAGGAGUUCCAGGGGACCGUGCACUCCGUGACGGACAUCGGCGCCUUCGUGGACAUCGGAGCCGACAACAAGGGGCUGCUGCACAUCUCCGCCAUCUCCAAGGACCCUGUCGAGGACAUCCACUCGGUGCUCAAGGAAGGUCAGGAGGUCAAGGUCUGGGUCAGCAACCUGCGCGACGACGGGAGGUUCCUCCUGACCAUGACGGACAAGAAGACGCCUCCCAUCCCGUUCGAUUCGCUCAAGGUCGGCCAGGAGUUCCAGGGGACCGUGCGCCGCGUUGGGAAGGAUUACUCCUUCGUGGACAUCGGGGCCACGGUCGUCGGGCUGCUGCACAAAUCCGCCAUCUCCACGGACAGCAUCGAGGACAUCUCUUCGGGGAAGCUCCAUCUGACCAUGGUCGAGGGCCAGCUGGACAGACACCCCUCGCAUCCAGUUCGGUUGGCUCGAGGUCGGCCAGGAGUUCCAGGGGACCGUGCGCUCCGUGCAGGACUUCGGCGCCUUCGUGGACAUCGGGGCCACGAGCGACGGGCUGCUGCACAAAUCCGCAAUCUCCACGGACAGGAUCGAGGACAUCCACUCGGUGCUCAAGGAUUGGAUGGCCAGGAGGUCAAGGUCUGGAUCAGCGGCCUGCGCGGCGACGGGAAGGUAUACCUGACCAUGGUCGAGGGCAAGAAGGACAGACAAGAAUAUCCCUCCCAUCCCGUUCGAUUCGCUCAGGGUCGGCCAGGAGUUCUGGGGGACCGUGAACUCCUUGCGGCGCCACGGCGCCUACGUGGACAUCGGGGCCGAGAGAGAGGGGCUGCUGCACAUCUCCGCCAUCUCCAAGGACUAUAUCGAGAAGACCUCGUCGGUGUCGGUGCUCAAGGAUUGGGUGACAAGAUGGUCAAGGUCUGGAUCAGCGACCUGAGCGACGACGGGAAGUUCGGCCUGACCAUGAUCAAGGGCUAUAAGAGACCCGAGAGGGUCGAGCGCGAGUCCCCGAAGAGUCUCCGAAAAGUCGCCCCUUUCUCCCGCGCGUCCCCAGACGAGUGGUUCGAGGGCAGGGUCCUGAGACUUCUGCCCUUCGGUGUGUUCAUCCUGCUGAAGGCGGAGGAUGGGACCGAGGCGGCUGGCCUGUGCCACGUGUCCCAGGUAGCCCGUGCUGUCUCGGUGGGCCAGAAGGUGAAGGUGCGCGUGCUCGGCGUGGACGUGGGCGCGGAGAAGAUGAGCCUGAGCAUGCUGAAGAGCGGCGGCUUCGAGUCGGUCAGCCCGGACAAGUGGCUCACCGGCAAGGUGGUCAGGUGCGAGACGUUUGGAGCCUUCGUGGAAGUGACGGCGCCAAACGGCGCCACGGCGGACGGCCUGGUGCACAUAUCGCAGAUCAAGGACGACUUCGUGCGGAACGUGAAGAAGGAGUUCGAGCCCGGCCAGGAGGUGAAGGUGCGCGUGAUCAACGUCGACGUCGUCGCGGGCAAGAUGAUCCUCUCGAUGAAACCGCCGGAGAGCUCCGACUAGGAGUGAGGCAGUGCCGGUUAGACCUCGUCCUGUUGCUGGGAGAAAAGAAUAGGGGAACAACAACAUACACACAAGCUUUCGGAGCUCCGCGCGGAUCUCUCUUGGAUCGGCGCUGGGCCCCCCCCCCCCUGGCGGCGCACCCCCUGCGCGCUCCGCGCGCCAGGGAGGGGAGCCCUGCGCGGGUCCGAGGAGAGCUUGCGCGGCGUGCCGCGAGCUGAUGCUUUGACGCCGUGUUUUCCUCCUCGGUUUUCCUGUGGCCGCCCCGGGGAAAAGCCGCCCAGGGUCCAGGGAGGAAACGCCACCCCGACCCCGACAGGUGGCCUUUCCUAAACGGCCCUGGGCGUUUACUGAACAGUCCUGCCCUG